AGAAAAUGAAAAGGCAGUUGUUUAAUUACUUGUAGUAGUGGUGUGCUUCACUACCUUUUCUAUCCAUCAGCACUAGCACUCAACAGAUAGUUUUGUUUGAGUUGAGAGAAAAUGGCAACUGGGUUUUGUAGCAGCAACACCUGUCUUGUGUUGAAUCGACGGAGUGACUCAAUUUUCCGUCACUUUCCCUCUUCUUAUCCUACUUCUGGGUCUACCCGAAAAAGGUCUUCAAUCAGAUGUCAGUCCACAGGCACAGAUGAACCAAAAACAAAGAUGAAUUUAUUUGAUAAUGCUAGCAACCUCCUCACUGAUCUGUUGAGUGGGGGGAAAAUUGGGUCAAUGCCUAUCGCAGAAGGGGCAGUGACUGACCUUUUCGACCGCCCACUUUUUUUCUCAUUGUAUGAUUGGUUCCUAAAGUAUGGAUCAGUCUAUAAACUUGCUUUUGGACCAAAGGCAUUUGUUGUUGUAUCAGAUCCCAUUGUUGCUCGGCAUAUUCUUCGUGAGAAUGCAUUUUCUUAUGACAAGGGGGUCCUUGCUGAAAUCUUGGAACCAAUCAUGGGAAAAGGGCUGAUACCUGCUGACCUUGAUACUUGGAAACAGAGAAGAAGAGUUAUUGCCCCUGGAUUCCACUCAUCAUACCUAGAAGCUAUGGCUAAAGUAUUCACUGAAUGUGCUGAAAGAACAAUGUUGAAAUUUGAUAAGCUUAUUGAACAAGAAGAGUCAGGAGGAGGGAAGCUAAUUGAGUUGGAUCUCGAGACAGAAUUCUCAAAUUUAGCACUAGAUAUUAUUGGGCUUGGUGUUUUCAAUUAUGACUUCGGUUCCAUCACAAAAGAGUCUCCAGUUAUUAAGGCUGUGUAUGGUACACUUUUUGAAGCUGAGCAUCGUUCUACUUUCUACAUCCCCUAUUGGAAUAUCCCUCUGGCAAGAUGGUUAGUUCCGCGGCAGCGGAAGUUCCAAAGUGAUCUGAAGGUCAUUAAUGAUUGCCUUGAUGGACUUAUACAAAAUGCAAAAGAGACCAGGCAGGAAACAGAUGUUGAGAAACUACAGCAAAGGGACUACUUAAAUCUUAAGGAUGCAAGUCUUUUGCGGUUUUUAGUUGAUAUGAGGGGUGUUGAUGUUGAUGAUCGUCAGCUACGAGAUGACUUGAUGACGAUGCUGAUUGCUGGACAUGAAACAACUGCUGCCGUUCUUACGUGGGCUGUUUUCCUCCUUGCACAACAUCCAGUCAAAAUGAAGAAAGCGCAGUCAGAGAUUGAUGCAGUGCUUGGUCAGGGAAGGACGACCUUCGAGUCUCUUAAAAAAUUAGAAUAUUUGCGACUUAUUGUUGUGGAGUCAUUGCGCUUGUAUCCACAACCUCCAUUGCUUAUUAGACGUUCCCUUUCAUCAGAUAUACUACCAGGGGGCUAUAAUGGCGACAAGAAUGGAUACGAAAUUCCAGCUGGCACUGAUGUUUUCCUAUCUGUAUAUAAUCUUCAUAGGUCACCAUAUUUCUGGGACAAACCUAAUGAAUUUGAACCCGAGAGGUUCCUAGUACAAAAGGAAAGUCAAGGCAUUGAAGGCUGGGCAGGUUUUGAUCCAUCUAGAAGUCCUGGAGCAUUAUAUCCAAAUGAGAUUAUAUCAGACUUUGCUUUCUUGCCUUUUGGUGGGGGACCAAGAAAAUGUGUUGGUGACCAAUUUGCACUUAUGGAGUCAACAAUAGCAUUGGCAAUGUUGUUGCAAAAGUUUGAUGUGGAACUGAAAGGGUCUCCUGAGGAUGUAGAACUCGUUACGGGGGCGACUAUUCACACGAAAACUGGCUUGUGGUGUAAAUUAAAGAAGAGAUCAAAUGUUUGAUGAUCUUCAGUUUGUAGAUAAUAUUCACAAUUCUGGCAAGUGUAUUACUCUUGGAAAAUAAUGACGGUGUUCGUUCUCUGUGGAAGAGAAUCCAUAACAGCAGUGAAGGGAUUCACCCAAGAGUUGUAUUUUCUUGUAUUAUGUUUGUAGGAGGGAACAACUUGCAUCAAUAUAGAUGACACCUAUUACUCGUAUGCUUAAAUCAUGUAUCUUUUGAAUAUAAAGAACGAAAAUUUUGUGCC